GCGCCCCAUGUGACAGGGGUGAGGCCUCGGGUGCACUUGUUUUCAAGGGUUGAGUUUCCCUCAGUACCAGGAGGACAAGGCUUUCACGGAGAGACAGGUGAAGCGUGGCGUUGACACCAUGGACUACCAUCAGAAACUGGCGGAAAAACUCACCAUCUUAAAUGAGAGAGGGAACGGGGUGCGGAUACGCAUGAACUACAUUAAGAAGUUGUGUGCAGAUGUCAAGAUGCGGCCAGCCAUCCUUACGGAUAAAUCAAUGGAAUCUGCCAUCAAAUAUAUCAACAAAAAGUUCCCAAACAUUGAUUUCCGAGGAAACAUACAAAACUUGACCAGCAUCCAGCGGCAAAAAUCUGAUGUGAUGGAAGCCACAACAAGCUACUACGACUCUUUUCUGGAUGUCAUAGAGUUCAGGGACCAUGUCUAUGAGUUGCUGAACACCAUAGAUGCCUGCCAGUGCUUCUUUGAUAUUGCGGUAAACUUUGACUUUACCAAGAGCUACUUGGACCUGAUCAUCACUUAUGCCUCAGUUAUCAUCACCCUCGCUCGCAUCGAUGACAAAAAGGCUCUGGUGGGCAUGUUCAACUGUGCUCAUGAGAUGACGAAGGGCAACAGUGACCCCUCCUACCCACGUCUCAGCCAAAUGUUUGUGGAAUACGAGCAUCCCUGGAAAAAGCUCACUGAGGAGUUUGGACCUCACACUAGGUCAGUGACGGCAGCACUGUUGUCUCUGAGAGUGAUCUACCCACGGAGGAACCUACCAGCCGAACAGUGGCGGAGUGCCCAGCUCCUCAGUCUGCUCAGUGCUCCGGCCACCAUGUUGGAUCCGGCCUGCUGUGACACUAUGGCAUGUGAAUAUCUGCCUUUGGAGGUAAUGGAGCGCUGGAUCAUCAUCGGCUUCCUCUUGUGCCAUAGCAGCCUGAAUAGCAACCAAGCUUCCCAGGAGCUGUGGAAAAUGGCUCUGCGGAGCGGCCUGUACAUCACCCUCACCAGAGAUGAGCUGCUCAGCAUACACAAAGUCUCUGAAGACCUCUUUGACAGCAUCAAAGGAUACGGCAAGCGUAUUGCAGACAUCAAGGAGUGCCGUGAUCAUGUCUUAGCCAACAGUGGGGUACUACACCGAGAGAGGAGACACUUCCUUAGAGGAGCCAUGAAGGAAUUAGUGAUGGUCCUGGAAGAUGAACCAGGGCUGCUGGGUCCAAAGGCUCUCUUUGUCUUCAUGGCCCUAACCUUCUCCCGUGACGAAGUCUUGUGGCUGGUACGACACUCUGAGAACAUGCCCAAAAUAAAAACACCAGAGGACUACGUUGACAAUCAGAUGGCGGAGUUGCUCUUCCACAUGGAGAGACUGAGAGGACUCAUGAGAAAAUACAACAACGUUGUCCAACGUUACCACAUCCAGUACCUGGCUCAGUUUGAUGCCCUGGUUCUCAAUGACACCAUACAGAACAUGCACGUGUGUCCAGAGGAGGAAUCAGUUCUGCUGAGUUCAUUUGUUUCAACCCUUUCUGUGCUUUCAGUGAAACAAGUGGAGAACAAAGAGGAGUUUGAUUUCAGGGCUGUGAGAUUGGACUGGCUGAGGCUGCAGGCCUACACAAGUGUGAACAAGGCCCCAUUGUUUAUAAAGGACUACCCAGACUUAGCAAAAGUCAUGAACAUGAUCCAGUUUCACACCAAGAUGGUGGACGGCAUUGAAGAACUCCUGCAGGAGACGUCAGAUGUGUCUGUUCUCUGUUUCUUCCCACGAGUAUUUGAGAGGAUGUUUCACCAGAGCAGCGAGGAAAUGACUAUGAAGAGGUACCUGAUGGCCUUCCCUUCUGUUUGCUCCCACUUCAAUCAGUGUGGACACCCUCUCUGUCCUGAAGAGGAGGAGGCGAUAGAGAAGAGGAGUCUGCGCCUGUGUGUGACCUUCCUGGAGCACAUAGCAAAGCAGACCAGUACUGUUAUGUUGGAGAUAUGUGCUGAGCAGUGCAAACUCAAUGAGCAGUUGCAGCCCAAACACUGUGCGGAAACCAUCAGUGCAGCUCGCCACAGGAAGCAAAAGAAAGCCGUACCAAAGAAAGGAGAAGUCCACAAAGAAAAACCAGGAGCUGAAAGCCUGAGGAAAGACCGCACCAUCACCACCAAUGUGGACAAGAUGCACCUGAUGCUGACUGAGAUUUGCUCCUCCUACAGCCUGUGUAGUGACAUCAUGGUGUACAACCACAUCGUCCUUCCCACAGAGUUCCUGCUGUCUUAUCUGGAGAUACGUCUGUCUGAGAUCAUCGUGAGAAUGGCCAAUUACAACCAGACCACCAUGGAGAUCGCUCGGCCUGUAGACCUCCUGGCAGGAAUAAAGUCUUACACCGCCAGCCUGCACAGCCUACCUAACUACGUCAAUGUGGAUGUCGCCCGGCUGGUGAGGAGCGUCCUGAUGCAGCAAACGCAGCCGCUGGACUCCAGAGGGGCGCAGACGCUCACAAACAUUUACACAAGCUGGUACCUGGAGAGUCUCUUACGUCUGGCCAGCAACUCCCUCAUUGUACACUGUCCCGCCAUGCAGUGCUUUGUCAAUCAAACGUUCGACAACGAACCCACUUUCAGAGCGGAGGAGUUCUCAGAUGUGUCAGACUUGCAAGCUCUGGCUGAGUUACUCGGUCCCUACGGACUCAAGUUCCUGAGCGAGAACCUGAUGUGGCACGUGACCUCUCAAGUCAGCGAGCUGAAGAAACUGGUCAUGGAGAAUAUGGAUGUCCUGGUGCAGAUGAGAAACAACUAUGAUAAGGUGGAUGAAAUGUCCAAUCUGAGGAGGAGGCUGACAGGAGGAGAGAACCUGCUGAAGAGGAUGACUAUCAUUGGAGUCAUCUUGUCCUUCAGAUCGAUGACGCAGGACUCCCUGAGAGAGGUGCUCCAAAAGCAUUGCCCAUACCUGAUGGGCCCCAUUGAAUGCCUGAAGGACUGUGUCUCUGCUGACACAGAUAUCAAGGUGACUCUGAGCGUAUUCGAGCUCGCCACUGCAGCAGGUAUGACUUGUGACAUUGAGCCGGCCCUGGUCUCUGCCAUCAGCAGCAUGAAGACAGAUAACACUUCCAUAGACGAGGAGUACAAGCUGUCGUGUUUGCUCCUCGUCUACAUCGCAGUGUCUCUGCCGACUUUGGCCCUGGACUCUAACUCUUCCUACAGCCGCGAGCAUGGAGGCCACAACAACAACAUCCACUGUUUAGCGUUGGCCAUCAACCAGCUUGCGGCGGCUAUGUUCACGGUACAGAACAAGAACAUCCAGCAGCAUCUCAAAGAGUUUCUCCUACUGGCAUCAUCCUCUCUGCUUCAAAUGGGACAAAACGUGGAGAAACCCGACAGCAAAAACAGGGAGUCCAUCUACCUGCUUCUACACAAGAUUGUGGAGGAGUCUCCGUUCUUGAGCCAAGAUAUGUUGGAGAGCUGCUUUCCGUACGUCCUGCUCCGAAAUGCCUACAGAGAAGUGUACCAGUUCAGCAUGGUCUCACUUGGGUGAAGAUGUUCUUUGUUGUCUUUAAUGUUGAUUUACCAUAAUACUUGUUUAAAUGUGCAUUAAGUUUACAAUGAUGAUAUCCAGUACUUUUUCCACCAACGCUUUUAUGAUCACUAUACUUAUUAAAUAUGCUUUACUAAGUAUGUAAAAGUAUGCUAUAAUCACGGUUCAGUACAUGCGUAUACCUCAACUCCCACCAGUCAAAGGCUACAUUGUACUGUAUUUGUUUACAGAGUAGAUGGGUGACUCUAUCACAAGGCAGUUCCAUUUCCUGUCCCGCACCUAAUGUGUACUGUGUGGGAACGCUUCAGUUCCGUUCCAAAUAGUCUGUACGAAAAAAUCAGAUUACGAAGCAAUGCAUGUACCCUUACUCCCGGUUCUUGAACAUUUUGUUGUGGUGCUUUUCUGCCAGCUUAACAGAUUAGUUUCAAGUCACUUCUCAUGAGUUUUUCAUUAUCUUGACAGAUUCUAGCGUGCGUCGGGUCAAUUCUGUAAUAAUCCUUUUCCCCAUCAAAAAACCUGCUUGUUUUCUAAGCAUUUUCAGACUGGAAAGUCAUUGAUGCUGGUGUGUAUUAUUUUUUCCAUGAAUAAAGAUCAUAAUUAUA